AUGGCACCCGCACUACUAGAAACAGACCCCAUUCCCGCCAAUGGCAGCGCGGUGGACGAGAAGGUAAGUUACUGGGCGAAGUAUCUGGCGUCCACCGAGCCAUGCCAGUUUCCCACCCGCAACGAUGGUCUGGACGGCCAGAGCCGGCGGGAGCAGCUGCCCGUGGGCGUAGAGACGUUGAAGUUGCGCGAAUUCUGCGCGGGACGGCGCGUACCGGUGAUCAACGUAUUCCAGCUGGCGUGGGCGAUGGUACUCCGGGCCUACGCGAGAUCAGAGUCGGUGUCGUUUGGGUACCGAACGGAGGGCUUUGGACUGCACGGAGACCACCAGGAGGACGAUGUCGACGUCGCACUGCCGUUGGCAGUCAAGGUAGGGGGGAAUGUGACUAUUGCUGAAGCUCUCAAAGAUAUCGCAGCAGAUUGCAGCCGGGGGAUUAAGCACCGCAACGAAUGGCCGGCCGGUGAAGCGGCGCCCUUCAAUACGAAAUUAGUGUUGCAUACAGGUCUUGCUGAGAAGAGGCAGCAGGAGCAGCAACUGGAUAAUGCGAUCACGCUGCACAUUACCGACGCGGGCGCCGACAUCCUCGCCAGCCUGCACUUCUGGACCGCCGUGCUGUCCGGAGGCCAGGCCAUCAAUGUCAUCCACACGCUGCAGCGAGCCGUCUGUUGCAUUCUUCACUCGCCCAACGAGGAGAUCGCGGCACAAGAUCUGUUCAGCGAAGCGCAUCGAGCGCAGGUCCUGGAGUGGCACCGGACACGCCCGGAGUUUGUGGACUCCUGCAUGCAUGAGCUUGUGUCCAAGCAGCUCAGCCGACGACAUCGUGAGACCGCAGUGUCUGCGUGGGACAGAGAACUCACCUAUCAACAGCUGGAAGAUUUGUCGGCCAGCUUGGCCCACUAUCUUGUCUCUCUGGGCGCUGGACCCGAGGUUCUCGUCCCGGUGCUGUUCGAGAAGUCCAUGUGGGUGCCGGUUGUCUUGCUCGCAGUCUGGAAGGCCGGCGCGGCGAUUGUGCCUCUGGACCCCAGCAGUCCCGUCUCGCGUCUAAGAGACAUACUGGUGGAAGCGAAGGCGACAAUCCUGGUGGCAUCCGCGGCGCAGGCAGAGAAACUGGCGCAUUCUGUCGCGAAUCUCGUCGUUGUUGACGAGGAGCUGGUCCAAAAAUUACCACGGCAUAGCGACGCGCCAGUAUCAUCGGUCACCCCACAGAAUACCGCAUUCGUGUCAUUUACAUCUGGAUCCACUGGACGGCCAAAGGGUAUUUGUGUCGAGCAUUCGGCGUUUGCCUCGGCCUUGAGGAGACUGCAAGGUGCAUGUCCUGCUACCGAAACUACCCGGUCCCUACAGUUUGCCUCCUACAGCUUCUCCCCGGCGCUGUAUGAGAUCUUCAUGCCCCUAAUUGCCGGUGGCGUGGUCUGUAUUCCGUCGGAAGAUGCGCGGCGGAAUGACCUCGUCCAGAGCUUGAACGAGAUGCGCAUUACGUGGGCGGUGUUCACGCCAUCGCUGCUCAAAGAACUGAAUCCAGACGAUAUCCAGUACCUCGAAUCCAUGGUACUCGUCGGAGAGCCUCUCUCUCGAUUCGAGGCUGCGCCAUGGGUCGCAAAGAUCCAUCUUGUGUUCUGCUAUGCGUCGAGUGAGAACGGCCUGAUCGCGUUCAACGACCAGAUGGGACAGACCUCCGACGUGCGCAAUGUCGGACACAGCGAUGUCGGCUGGAUCGUUGACCCGGACAACCAUGAUCGACUGGUGCCCAUCGGUGUCGUGGGCGAACUGCUGGUUCAUUCACCGGCCACCGCACGAGGCUAUCUCGACGACCCUGAGAAGACGUCGGCGGUGUUCGUCGACCGGCCGUCCUGGUUCCCCGUGAGUCUACAGCUGAAGGGCCGGUUUUGCAAGACCGGAGACCUGAUGGUGUACAACUCAGACGGAAGUCUCAGCUUCGUCGGCCGCAAGGAUUUCAUGAUUAAAGUGCGCGGGCAGCGAGUCGAGAUGGGAGAAGUUGAGCGACGCCUGGCCCAUCCACGAAUCCAGCAGUCAAUUGUCCUAUUCCCCGAUUCGGGCCCCUGCAAGCGCCGUUUGGUCGCGGCUGUCUCGCUUCAAGACUUACCGUCGUCCGAGGUCAAAUCCCAACGGACCCCGUUGGCACUGUUAGAGCCAGCAGACAUGAGGUCGAGUGCGGAGUGGGUCGAGUCCAUGAGAGUCCAGAUGUCCCGGCACCUCCCCAGCUAUAUGAUUCCCGAGAUAUGGGUGCUGCUGGAGAGCCUCCCGCUGACGCUGUCCGGAAAGGCAGACCGUCAGAAGACAGUGAAGUGGCUGGAGGCGAUGGACGACGAGACCUACGCAUAUAUCACGGCCCUCGGCGAGGAGGAAGAUAUUGUUGAUGAGGAGGAGACUCCAAUGGAGCAACUGCUGCGGCAGAUCUGGGGCGAUGUGCUCGGUCGAGCCCGUGUGCCCCGGAAUCGCUCAUUUCUCAGCCUCGGCGGCGAUUCCAUCUCGGGCAUGUCGGUGCUGUCGCAGUGCCGACGGGCAGGCGUCCAGCUGACUUUCCAGGAUAUUCUGCGCUCUCGCAAUGUCUCAGACCUGGCAGGAAAGGUGACUGCGGUGUUGGAAGCGAAGGGAUCCGGCGAUGGUGAUGGCGCGGAAUAUGGACUGACCGCGGAGAAGCUCAGCGCGUAUAAAGACGGACUGCUGGAAGUGGGUGUGACCGAUUUGGCCAGCGUUGAAGGCCUAUACCCAUGCUCGCCCGUGCAAGACGGGAUCAUCCUUAGUCAAGGACGAAGCUCAGGCCAUUACUGGAUGUAUGUGAUCUGGGAAGCGAUUCCGUCCCAUGGCAACACCAUCAGCACCGAACGCCUGACAAGUGCGUGGAGAGAAGUGGUCGACCGGCACCCCAUCCUUAGAACGCGUUUUGUGCGAAGCCCAUCCGGGGAAGCACAGUUGACGCAAGUGGUGGUCAAGUCUUCAGAAGCGAAAGUGAUCCAUCAGCAGUUGAAAGAGCCAGUAAUCCCUGGGGUGUUCGAGGACACUCAGUUGGUCGCUGAAAGCGGCAACCUGCACCAAUUGACCAUUAUGACGAGCAACUCAGGGCAGACUUUCUGUAAACUGGAAAUGAGCCACGCCAUUGUCGAUGCCUUGUCGUUCCCCAUCAUGCUACAGGACCUGGGGCGGGCCUACGCUGGAGAGCUCGUGCUGCAGCCGGCGGCACCGCGGUAUAGCGAGUAUAUUGCGCAUAUCCACAACGGAUCACUCGAGCAGAGCAUUGAGUACUGGAAAGAGUAUCUAAUUGAAGCGACACCAUGUCACUUCCCCUCACUUGGGGGAGUGGAUGAUCCUACUCACCGGAUGCAGAGUCUCGAGCUGGACUCUGGACUCCCGGCGGCGACACUGCACGCCUUCUGCCGCCGCUACGGCAUCACUCUGUCGAAUGUGUUCCAACUGGCAUGGGCCCUAGUGCUUCGCUCGUAUACAGGAUCGGAUGACGUGUCUUUCGGAUAUCUGACGAGUGGACGAGAUGCCCCGAUCGAGGGCAUCAUGGAGCACGCGGUGGGACCGUAUAUCAACAUGCUCGUCUGCCAUCUCAACCUCGAUGACGAAGCAGACGUGCGGCAACUAAUCCUCCAGAUUCAGUCAAACUUCUUGGAUAGUCUUCCCCAUCAGAACUGCUCGCUGGCAAACAUCCAGCACGCGCUGAGCCUAUCGGGCCAGGCGCUGUUCAACACCGCCAUGUCUGUCUCUCGCGUGGUGCCAGACAAGGUGACGAUCACGGAUGGCACCAGCUUUCAGAUUUUGGACCUCUACGACCCGACUGAGUACCAAGUGUCGGUUAAUGUAGGGAUCUCCAGUGACAAGGUCGACGUGCGAUUCAACUACUGGCGUUCAUGGGUUGGGGACACCCAGGCGACGCAGAUUGCGAGCACUUUCACUCAGACCUUGCGAUCGAUCGUUCAAGGUCUGCCAGACCAAAAGGUCGGUGAUGUAAAUCUCCUGAGCGAGGCGAGUCUCAAUCAGAUCUCGACAUGGAAUUCAGUCAACCCCGAACUCGUGGACGAGUGCAUCCACCAUCUCAUUACACAGCAAGCGAUCCGACAGCCGCAUCAUUCGGCCAUUGAGUCAUGGGAUGGAAGCUUCACGUAUGCAGUGCUCGACGAUCUCUCCUCGAGAUUGGCCCACUACCUAGUUUGUCUGGAUGUGGGAAUCGGUCCCGAGACGAUGGUGCCUCUCUGUUUCGAAAAGUCGAUCUGGACCGCCGUCGCGAUGCUGGGAGUCUUGAAAGCAGGCGCCGUAUGCUGCAUGCUAGAUCCAUCGCAUCCCGUUGGGCGACUACGCAGCAUCAUCGAGAACAUCAAGGCACCCGUGGUGCUCACGGAUGGUGUGCAUGGGCUCGAUACCGAGCUGCUGUCCGAGAUCUGCACCGAAUCGGUGAUCGUCAAUGCCGCGUUAAUCAACAGUUUGCCGCAGAAGGAUGGGCCUGCCGAUACAUCAGUCCGACCUGAUAACGCUGCCUUUGUCGUCUUUACGUCUGGAUCUACUGGUACCCCGAAAGGCAUCGUGAUCGAGCACAGAGCCAUUGCGUCGAGCUCCAGGGCGCAUGGAACGGCCAUGAAGCUGAACGGGGACGCUAGAGUGCUACAAUUCGCCUCAUAUGUCUUCGAUGUCGCGAUUCAGGACCACUGCACCACGCUGAUGCGAGGAGGCACCAUCGUGAAGCCCUCCGAGUACGAGCGCAUGAACGACCUGCCCGGAGCAAUCAAACGUCUCCGGGCCAACUGGGCCAAUCUCACUCCCACUGUAGCCAGUUUACUGCUGCCAGAGGACGUUAGCGGGCUGAAUGUGCUGGCACUCGGUGGCGAACGCAUCCGGCAAGAGACGGUGGAUUCGCUCUCCAACAGUACCAAUUUGACGUUGAUCUACGGGCCAGCUGAGUGUUCCAUGACGAUGUCCGCCAACUUUGGAGUGCGGCCCCAUUCCAGCUCAGCCAACUUUGGCUUCGCGUGCGGCUCAUUCAUGUGGCUGACAGAGAUCAACAACCAUGAUCGCCUGGCCCCUGUCGGCGCCGUAGCGGAGGUCGUCAUUGAGGGGCCGAUCCUUGCCCGGUGCUAUCUGAACCAACCCGAUCUGACGGACCAAGCGUUUAUUGAGAAUCCAGAGUUCACCCUUGGACAGACGAUUGGUUCGGCCCCUAGACGGAUGUACAAGACGGGAGAUCUGGCCCGAUACAAUGCCGAUGGCUCGGUCAGCUUCGUCCGACGAAAGAACAUCCAGUCCCAGGUGAAGCUGCGCGGACAGAGAAUCGAGUUAGGCGAGAUCGACUUUCACCUCUGGGGCAACGAAUGGGUGAAACACGGGGUGGCUUUUAUGCCAGGAUCGGGGCCCUUCAAAGGGAAACUCCUCGCUGCAGUCUCUCUGCAGUCCAUUGUUUCCUCCAAUGAUAACGAAACGAUCCGUGUCGUGAGCGAUGCGCAACGGGGCGAAGUGGCCGUCACGAUGUCCCAGGUGCGUGGACACUUGGCGAACCACUUACCCCCAUACAUGAUGCCCGAGGUCUGGGUCGUGGUCGAGCACUUCCCAUUGAACACGUCCGGCAAGAUGGACCGGAAGCGAGUGAUCGCAUGGAUUGAAGGCGAGCUCUCGGAUGAGGUCGUGCGGGGAAUUUAUCAUGCCGUGGACGACAGCGAUCCGGCCCAGCAGGCGGCAACGAGCAUCGAAAAGAAGCUUCAAGCCGUCUGGAGCAGGGUUCUCAACAAGCCCAUUGAGAAGGUGCCUAUUAACCAGUCCUUCGCGAGCCUGGGAGGAGAUAGUAUUACUGCAAUGCAAGUUGUAUCGACUUGCCGCGCCACAGAGAACAUUGUGGUCACGGUUCAAGAUGUGCUUCGAUGCAAGAGCAUCUCGCAAUUAGCUUUCAACGCUCAUUCGGCCCAGAAGUCCACCAUCUCGAUGGAUGAAGAGCUGGAUGUGGCAUUUGCCCUCACACCAAUCCAGCAAAUGCAUUUUGACCUCGCUGUGGAUGGCUGCCAUCACUACAACCAGAGUUUCACCGUCUCAGUCGCCAGAGAGAUUUCCAUGGCGGACUUGAAGAAGAGCAUUGAAGCAAUCGUGCGUCAACAUUCCAUGCUUCGUGCCCGAUUUACUCGUGCUGCAGAUGGGAAAAGCUGGACUCAGCGUAUCACGAUGCAAGUGGAGGAGUCGUAUCGCCUGAAAUCACAUAUCAUCUCUAGCGUGGACGAGACGCGGCCGUUGAUGCUGCAGACGCAGGAGAGCCUCAACUUCCAACAAGGCCCUCUGUUGGCGGUAGAUUUUGUCAAAUUCAAUGGCAAACAAUUCCUAUAUCUCGUCGCACACCAUCUAGUGAUUGACUUCGUCUCAUGGAGAGUCAUCCUGCAAGACCUGGAACAGCUAUUGGCGUCUGGAACCUUGCAGUAUGACGAGAAGCCGUUUCCUUUCCAAACCUGGAGCCGUUUGCAAGACGAGUACAGCCAGCAGUUCCUGGCUCCACAAAAGCUCCUGGGCGAUGUUCAACCUACAGACUAUGCCUUCUGGGGCAUGGACGGGGUGCCAAACCUAUUCCGCGAUGUGGUGCACGAGAAAUUCGUUCUCGACGAGACGACAACAAGAGCACUUCUGGAAGGAUGCCAUGAAGCAUUACGAACGGAACCCUUGGACAUCAUGAUCGCCGCCUUGGGCUAUUCAUUCGCCCAGACGUUCGGCAGACGCACUCAAUCAGUCUUUGUUGAAAGCCAUGGCCGCGAGCCAUGGGAUCCCGCCAUUGAUCUAUCCCGGACUGUGGGCUGGUUUACCACCAUGUAUCCAAUUACACUAGGCAAGACUGAAAGCAUCAUCGAAGCGGUCCGUCAAGCGAAAGACCUGCGCCGCAAAACGCCAAAUCGUGGCUGGUCUUACUUUACAUCUCGAUACUUGAACGACGAAGGGAAGCAGGCGUUUGGGCAUCAUGGGGCGCCAGAGAUCCUCUUCAAUUACCUGGGCGUACUGCAGCAGUUGGAACGAACCGAUGGUCUGCUGCAUGCAGCGGAAUUGAACCAAGGCAUGUAUAUCGAUAUUGGCGCCGAAAUGCCACGCAGCGCGCUUUUCGAUGUUGCCGCGAAGGCCGAAUAUGGCCGAUUGCAUUUCCACGUCUUCUUCAACAAGAAGAUGGACAAUAUCCCGGAGAUCCAGAGGUGGAUCCAAGCCUUUGAGGCGACUCUGCAAGAUGCAGCAGAGCAACUCAUCCUCCUCAAACGAGAGUACACCAUCGGCGACUUCCCCCUCAUGGACUUCACGUACGACGAGCUCCAGCAGUUUGUGGCCCAAAAGCUGCCCCAGGCUGGCAUCACGAGCCUCGCCAUGGUGGAGGAUGUAUAUCCCUGUUCCCCAAUGCAAAACGGAAUCCUGCUCAGUCAGUCAAAAACUGGCGACAACUACCAGUCCUUCUUUCUGUGGGAGCUGAAGUCAGACAGUGGCGCUUUCGUUGAAGACGAUAUAAUACGACUGGGACAGGCAUGGCAAGACGUCGUCAAUCGCCACCCAUCUCUGCGGACUCGGUUCAUGGAAAGCUUAGCGGAUGACUCUGCGUUUCACCAAGCUGUAUUGAAAGCUGAGACGGUAGAGAUCCUUCGCCUCGAUAGUCAUUCAAAGGAUCCUGUUGAGGCCCUAAAACAACAUCACAAAGAGUUCCGAUACCAGGCAGGCAAGCUGCACCAUCUAUCCGUCUGUAUCGGAAACGGUAAGGCGGUUUGCAAACUCGAAAUCAACCAUGCGAUUGUUGAUGGCAUCUCCAUUGGCGUGCUAGUGCGAGAUCUCGAGCAAGCGUUCAGUCAUUCACUCAGCGGAACUGGCCCGCUUUACAGCAAUUAUAUCUCUCAUGUCCAGAAGGAGAGAAAUUCCAAGCGCAGUGACACUCACUGGAAGAGCUAUCUUUCAGACGUCGAGCCCUGCUAUUUCCCGGCUUUCCAGGGACAGAAGCUCGAUGACCAGCGAGGAGAGCUGGAAGUCGAGUAUGUCCAGCUAUCUAGAUCGGCAGCCAAAUUACGAAAGUUCUGCUCUGAGACCGGAAUUACCGUUUCGAAUGUUAUUCAACUCGUUUGGGGCAUUGUUCUGCGAAAUUACACAGGACAGGAUGAUAUCUCUUUCGGAUACCUGACCUCUGGUCGCGAUGCGCCAGUACCUGGCAUCCAGGAUGCAAUCGGGGCCUUCAUUAAUAUGCUCAUCUGCCGACUGCACAUUCAGGGGACCGAGUCUGUGAUGGAUUUGCUGGAGAAAGUGCAAAGCGAUUUCUUGGCCAACUUGCCGCAUCAGUACACCUCACUAGCCGAGAUUCAGCACGCUCUGCCUUUGGGAGGAAAGGCUUUGUUUAAUACCUCACUUUCGGUCCAACGAGUGGCUUCUCGUGACGACAAUGAGCGCCAGUUGAGGCUAGAAAGGGUGGAGGCAUAUGACCCGACGGAGUACGACGUGACGGUCAACGUCGAGGCCUCGGAUGAAGAUGUGCAGAUGGUGAUUUCCUACUGGAACGCGCAGAUGUCGCAGCAGCAGGCACUUCAGGUAGCCAGUCUCUUCAGCUACACGCUAGAUGUCGUGCUCGAGAAUCCUGAUGCACAAGUCAACCACCUGGACUUGAUCAGCAAUGCUGAUUGUGAGCAAAUCCAGGAGUGGAGCAAGAAUGUGAGUACUGAAGCGGAGUCGAUUGAAGACAAGAUCAGAAAGCAUGCAGUCGAACGACCCGACUCAGUGGCUAUCAGCGCCCCAGACGCCAAUUUGAGCUACGCAAAACUGGAUCACUAUUCCUCUCUGCUGGCACAGUACCUCAUAGAGCGUGGCAUUGGGGCAGGGGUUGUUUCGAUCCGCACGGCAAAUUCAGCUUGGGCAAUAGUUUCUAUGCUCGCUGUCCUGCGCGCUGGGGCGACCUUUACACUUGACCAGGAUGACAACCAGCAUGGAAGCGCCAAGUUCAGACUGGUAUCUUGCGACAACCCAGGAUCAACCAAAGCACAAGACAGUGCGUCAAUCGUGGUUGAUCAGACAUUCUUCGACAGCCUGACGACCCAGCCCCAUAUAGUCCCGGCCGACAGGGACCGUAUCGCAUUCAUUAUAGACGGAGUUCGCAUGGAUCGUCGGGCCUUCUAUUCCGGUAUCCAUCAGCUCGGCAGAUUAUUGAAUCUGAAUGCUGAGACGCGCGCCCUGCAGCUGGCUCCAUACACGUCGAAUGUGUCGGUGACGGAGAUAUUCGCUACUCUGAGCCACGGGGGUUGCCUUGUUGUGCCAGCAGUACGCGGCCAGUCAAUUCAUAUUGCCUCAUAUAUCCAAGGUAAUAAUGUCAACUGGGUCUGCCUCUCACCCUCUGUCGCUCGCUUGAUCGACCCUGAAGAGGUGCCGUCUCUCCAGACACUCCUCCUCGUUGGGGAGCCUGCCGGAUUAGACAAUGCUACCGUCUGGGCCCCGAAGCUGGGUCUAUUCACUGGAUAUUGGGUAAAACAGGCUUGCGGCUUCCCUCUCAUCAGCAGAGUCACUCUUGAUAGCGUACUGCCCGCGGUUGGUCGUCCAGGUGGCCAAUGCUGGAUUGUGACUCCCUGGAAUGAUUCGCAGCUGGCGCCCGUUGGCUGUGUGGGACAGUUGAUUGUGGAGAGCUCAUCCGUGGCUAGAGGAUUUAUAGAUUCUUCUAUCCUAAACCCUGCAGUAUCUGACCGUCCGAAUGGCCUAUCUCAAGAUACCUUCGCUAGAGGACUGAGAACUGGCGAUCUCGUCCGCUAUACCACGGAUGGUACGAUCGAGCUUCUUCGACGGAAGGAUGGCCUGAUCCAGGUGGAUGGUCAUCAGAUACAGUUCGACAAAAUUGAGAGUCACAUCAGAUCGUUUGACUAUAUACGCAAUGCCGCUGUCUCAGCACCCAAGAGCGGGAUCUGCGCGGGCCGCUUAACAGCCAUGGUGACAUUGGUCGCAAUUAAGACACCAGCCGUGUAUAGCACGUCGCCUAAGGCAGUCCACAAGACCGGGCCAAAUGGAUUAGCUAUCAAAGCGGAAAUGUCUCGGAUUCGAGAGGAGAUGUUGGAGUAUUUCCCCUUGUAUAUGAUCCCGACACUGUGGGUGGUUGUCGACGCGCUUCCCCUUGACGCGUCCGGUGUCGUAGAUCGAGUCCAAACGACGAAGUUCUUCGAACACAUGGACGAUGCUGAGUAUCACAGUAUCAUGGAAGAAGCUACCGGUCCAUCCGACGCUCCGGAAACUUCGGUUGAGCAGAAGAUGCGAGAGAUCUGGAGUCGCGUCCUCCACCAACCAAUUGACCAGAUCGGAACGUCGCGGUCUUUCCUGAGCUUGGGUGGAGAUAGUAUCACCGCCAUGCAGGUCAUUUCCCUGUGCCGUGCAGAGAGAAUUCGCGUCACUGUCCGGGAUGUGCUUCGUUGCCGGACCCUGGCUGAUCUUGCGUCCCGAGCUGAGGUAACAGGUUCAACCACGGCUAUCGAGGAGAACGACGACACUCCCUUUGGACUGAGUCCAAUCCAACAAACAUACUUUGAGUUGGUCCCGGGCGGACAGAAUCAUUAUAAUCAAUCCUUCUUUGGGCGUUUCACACGUCGCAAGGUCUCUCCAGAAGAACUAGAAAGCGCCAUCGAAGCUUUGGUUCUGCAGCAUCCGAUGCUGCGAGCCCGGUUCCACAAGAGCGAAGUUGGAUGGACGCAGAGUAUUGCAAAGACAGCAGACCAGUCAUAUCUCUUGAAUACUCACCAUGUUGAAACCAGGGCUCAAACAAAGGAGGUGAUGUUGCGGACUCAAAAGUCCCUGGAUAUUGAACGGGGGCCGAUUCUCGCGGUUGAUCUGUUCGAUACCUCGGAAGAAGCAGAGAACGCCCUCUUUAUUGUCGUGCAUCAUCUCGUCGUUGACCUGGUGUCCUGGCGGGUGAUAUUGCGUGACCUCGAGGCUCUGCUGGAGAAACAACCACUACAGACACGUUCCAUGUCGUUCCAGACGUGGUCGCGACUGAAGGCUGGCAGUAUUGAGAGCCUCACUCCCGAGGAUGUCCUGCCGAUCAAGAUUCCCGAGGCGGACUAUGCCUAUUGGGGCCUGGAAAACGCUCCGAAUAUGACCGGUGAGGCGUCUCAUGAAUCGUUCUGUUUGAGCCAGGAGGAUACGAGAGCACUGCUCGGUACUAAGGGAUCGACUACCCUCCGAGUACAACCAAUCGAUGUAAUUCUGGGAGCAGUUGCACAUGCCUUUGCAGCCACGUUCAGUGAUCGGUCCCUGCCAGCUAUCUUCAAUGAAGGCCAUGGACGCGAGCCGUGGGAUGACAGCAUCGAUCUAUCGGACACGGUAGGCUGGUUCACCACGCUAUACCCUCUUUACAUUAGCCAUAACAAGGAACAAUCCAUUCUCGAUGCCAUUAGAGGCUUCAGGGACGUUCGACAACGAGUCCCCGGAAAUGGCCGGCCCUACUUUGACUACCGAUAUUUGACCCCUUCGGGAGGACGAGCUUUCCAGCAUCACUCGAAAGCAGAGAUCAUGCUCAACUACACCGGGCCUUAUCAGCAGUCCCAAAAUGGGGACGCAUUCUUAGAACCGAUUGAGUUCGAUCAGAUGAGCUUCGCUGCCGAUGUUGCAGCGGAGAUGCCGCGUAGCUCCUUGAUUGACAUCCUGGUCAAAGGCGAGCCAGAUGGAAUGCGGUUCCACUUCUUCUACAGCCAGCGGAUGCGCCAGCAAGAACAAGUAAAGGCGUGGAUCAGGGGCUGCAGAGAAUCGAUAUGCACAGCUCUUAAGACACUGGAUACGAUGGCAUUCGAUUACGCACCCACUGACUUCCCUCUGCUCUCAUUGGCAGCAUCAGAGCUGGACCAGCUACUCAGUCGUUUGCCGUCAAUGGACGUUUUCACACCUGAUCCUCUCAGUGCUCAGAUAGAGGCCAUAUUCCCGUGCUCACCCAUCCAGCAAGGCAUGCUCUUUAGUCAGAUGCGCGCAUCUGGGUGCUACGAGACGUUCAGCGUCUGGGAGGCAACGUCAAUCGGGUCGACAGUGAGCGCCGAACGACUGCACCGAGCGUGGCUAGACGUUGUGCAACGGCAUGCCGCCCUGAGAACAAUAUUCAUAGAAAUUCAGGACGGAGAAUAUAUCCAGGUGGUGCUUACAGCCGUCACCCCGACAGUCGAAGUAAUUGAAACCGACCUGGUGGAUGAGGUCAAGAUCAGACAAAUGCUAGUGGCUCUGAAUGGCAUCUCAUUCAACCCCCAUCGUCUGUCACACAAGUUGACAAUCUGCAAAGCACCCGGCCAGCAGGUCUUUUGCAAGUUGGAGCUGAACCAUAUCAUUAUCGAUGGGUCUUCAGUUGCUAUUCUAGCGACUGACCUCCGAAGGGCCUAUGACAAUGUCCUUGACAAGGCAUCCCGGCCGUUGUACAGUGACUACAUUUCGCACAUUCAGCAGCAGAAUGUAGAAGACAGUCUCAGUUUCUGGGUCAAACAACUGGAUGAUGUCCGCCCUUGCCACUUUCCACGACUGACGGACGGUCCCGACAGCCAGGCGGCAACUACGCCAGAGCUCUUGUCCGAAGAAGUUAUUCUUGAUAGCUCACUAGAUACCAUCACUGCAUUCUGCUCGCGAACCGGCAUCACGAUUGCUAAUGUGUUUCAGAUCGUCUGGGGUCUGGUAUUACGAGCGUACACUGGCUCAGACCAGGUCUGCUUCGGAUAUUUGACCUCGGGACGUGAUGCCCCCAUCAGCGACAUUGCAGACAUUGUUGGUCCUCUGAUCAACAUGUUGGUCUGCUCUUUGGAUAUGACUGAGUCAGACGGAUCCAUCGAAAGCUUGCUGCGACGAGUGCAGCAGGACUUCUUGGAUAGCCUGCCGCAUCAGCAUUGUUCCCUCGCACAGAUCCAGCAUGCUCUGCCCGGUGUCUCCGGAGAUCUCUUCAACACGAUCUUGUCUCUACAAAGGUCGUCUCCGCCGGUGUCAUCCGAUUACACUUUGUCCCUGGGAAACAUUAUCGGACAUGAUCCUACCGAGUAUGAUAUCACAGUCGAUGUGCAGGUUCAGCCACAAGGCCUUCAGAUCACGAUUGAAACAUGGAAUACGCGAAUGUCGAAAGAACAGCUCGCGAGUGUUGCCAGCACCCUAUCCCAAGCAGUCAACGUUAUUCUUAAAGACAGCCAUGGAUCGGUCCAGACCGCCGAUCUGUUCAGCGAGCACGAUAGGGCGCAAGUACUAGCAUGGAAUGGCGUGUAUCCCGAAUUGGUGGACGCAUGUAUCCAUGACCUUAUCACUGCGAGGGCGAAGGCAACUCCAGAAGCGACAGCCGUCUGCGCCUGGGACUACGGUGAUCUUUCCUACUCCAAGCUGGAUGAAAUGUCCACGAAACUAGCCCUGGAUCUGGUGAACCUCGGGGUUGGGCCCGAGGUGAUUGUUCCAUAUUGUUUCUCCAAGUCCGUCUGGGCCAUCGUUACUAUGAUCGCCAUUUUGAAAGCUGGGGGCGCUUGUACAGCUUUGGAUCCUGAAUAUCCCCAAUCACGAUUGGAGAGUUUGAUCAAAGAAACUGGAGCUCAGGUGGUUAUCGCCUCGCCAUCUCAUUCAAGCCUUUUCGAGGGCCUAGUGCCUCACGUGGUUGUUGUCGAUGGGACAGCUUUCAAGAUGGGUGAUACCGGAUUCAGCUCCCUAGAAUCUCGAGUGGCACCAAACAACACAGCUUUUGUCGUGUUUACAUCCGGCUCGACUGGUAUUCCUAAGGGCGUGUUGCUCGAGCAUCGCGGCUUCGUCACCAGCUUCCAAGCUGGCGCGGUUCGCAUGGGAAUCCGUUCCACGACCAGGUCCUACCAGUUCUCCAACUUUACCUUUGAUCUUUCCAUCGAAGACAUUAUCUCACCACUGAUCGCCGGUGGCACUGUAUGCGUUCCAUCAGAAUUAGAUCGCGUCAACAAUCUAGCCCAUUCCAUCCGAACGCUGGAUGCCAACUGGGCAAAUCUUACCCCUUCAGUAGCGACUUUGCUAAAUCCUGAGGCUGUUCCUUCUCUCAAGACAGUAGUCCUCGGAGGAGAGGCCCUCCGACAAGAUAUUGUCGACAAAUGGGCGGAGCAUGUCGUUCUUCUCAACGGCUAUGGCCCGUCCGAGAGCUCGGUGACUUGUGCUAUCAGCUCUCCUAUCAAGCCUGGUAAAGAUCCAAAAAAUGUUGGCAAUGGCAGUGCCUGCCACCUGUGGGUGACUGAUGCUAAUGACCAUGACCGACUGGCACCCAUUGGCACGGUGGGGGAGCUGCUCAUCGAGGGACCGACUCUCGCCCGUGGGUAUUUGAAUGACACCCUGAAAACUGCUGCGUCAUUUAUCGAGGAUCCAGCGUGGGUUGGAAAGUUCGGAAGCAAUAAAAAACCUCGUCGGAUGUAUACAACAGGCGACUUAGUUCGGUAUGCCGUUGACGGGUCGAUCGUGUUUGUUGGGCGCAAGGAUACCCAGAUUAAGCUCCACGGCCAACGUAUCGAACUGGGCGAGAUUGAAUUCCACCUAUCUUCCAGCAACGCGGUCGAGGAAGCUGUGGUCAUCUUCCCCAAGAGUGGCCUGUGCAAAGACCGUCUCGUUGCGGUAUUGGCGCUAUACGGAACAGGACCCCCGACUCGAGACAGCAAUGAUAUAUCUCUUAUUGGAGAUGACAAAAAACCUCUUGCUGCGGAGAGAGUUGCCAGCAUUGAGGAAGAAUUGUCCACUCGUCUCCCAAGACAUAUGGUUCCAUCAGUGUGGGCGGUGGUCACAUCUCUGCCGAAACUAUCUUCGACAAAAAUAAACAGAAAAGCCAUACAGCUCUGGGUUACGGAGAUGGGCCCGGACGUCCAUCAGCAGAUCGAAAGCCUCGUUGAUAAGACGACCGCUCAGGAGCCAUCCACCGCGAUGGAGAGGAAAUUCCAGGUUAUUUGCAGUGAGGUUCUAAAUAAGCCCGUCAAAGGUGUUGGACUACACAAGUCAUUCCUCCAAGCCGGAGGAGACUCCAUCAGCGCCAUGGCAUUUGUGGCACGCUGUCGCAAGGAUGGUAUCCUAAUUGGUAUCCAAGACCUCCUUCGCAGCAAAAGUUUGGCAGAGGUUGCCUCGAGGUCGCGAGAGAUGACAGAGAGCAAGUCAUGCGUCGACGUGACGACUGAUACACCCUUCGAUCUCUCUCCGAUGCAGCGUAUGUACUUUUCAAUGGUGCCUCACGGGUUCAACCAUUAUAACCAGAGCUUCCAUCUGUCAUUGACACGGAAAGUGGACGCAUCGGCUCUUCGUGAUGCGCUGGCGCAGCUGGUGAGAAAACACGCAAUGCUGAGAGCACGCUUUAUAAACUCAAAUGGGUGGACGCAGACUAUCCUUAGGGAUGUCGAAAAUGCAUAUCGAUUCAAUGUGCAGGACGUGAAGACGGUGCAGGUUCCGGCUAUAAUUCUUCAGCGGCAGAGCAGCUUGGAUAUCGUCAACGGCCCAGUGUUCUCAGUGGAUCUUUUCAAUAUUGAGAACGCCGAGCAGCAGCUUUUCCUCGUGGCGCAUCACCUGGUGAUAGACUUGAUCUCCUGGCGCAUCGUUCUUCAAGACUUGGAAGAUAUCCUCCGAACUGGUGCUCCGUCAGCGUCGUCGCUGUCGUUCCAGGCUUGGUGCAGACUGCAGGAUGAGUAUAUCUCCAAGCAACUCCAUCCUGAGCGCUUUCUACCAUUCACAGUCACCGCGUCAAAUCUGGACUUCUGGGGAAUGCAGAGAAAGCCUAAUGCAGUAGGCGACUCCAGAUAUCUUUCCUUUACUCUCACCCCCGAACUCACGCAGAAGCUAUUGGGAGAGAAUUGCCAUCGGGCUCUGCGUACAGAGCCGGUCGAUGUCAUGUUAUCUGCAAUCAGUCACUCUUUCUUGCAAGUCUUCCGACGGUCAGUACCAGCCAUCUAUACCGAAGGACACGGUAGAGAAUCAUGGGAUGCGGACAUCGAUUUGUCGAGCACCGUUGGAUGGUUCACCACCAUGUGCCCGAUUCAGACCAACACCAACGAGGCCAGCGGCCUGAUUGAUGUCCUGCGACAAAUCAAGGAUGUUCGGCGCGGAACCCCUCAGAAUGGGUGGAGUUAUUUUGCGCACCGUUUCAGAAAGGGAGCUGAAGACCAAAAAGCAAUUAUGGAGAUGAACUUCAACUAUACCGGCCUGUAUCAGCAGCUUCAUCGUGCUGAUUCUUUGUUCCGGCCGGUCCAACGCCAGAAUAUGGAUGACACUGGAAAGGAGAUGCCUCGGGACUCUCUCUUUGAUAUCUUGGUUACCCCGGGUGGUCCAGAAACCCUCGCCUUCCACUUUACCUUUCCUCAGGCUAUCCUCCAUCAAGAGAAGAUCAAGCUCUGGGUCGAGCAAUGUGAAGUUUCGCUCAAAGCGACUCUGCAGCAGCUGGAGCACCUCGAAUCCCAAACCACAUUAAGUGACUUCCCACUGCUUCCGUUGAGCUCCUAUGAGGACCUGGAUACCCUGAUCAAUGAUCGGCUCUCCAAGGUGGGAAUCACGGAUAUUGCAGAGGUAGAGGAUAUCUAUCCUCUCUCAGCGGUGCAACAGGGUAUCCUGCUCAGCCAGAUCAGGUCUCCUGGAUACUAUGAAACAUUCGCCGUCUUUGAAGUCAAGACGUCAGGCUCGAUUGACGUCCAGCAAUUGGCUCUCGCAUGGCAACACACCACUGAUCGUCAUCCUUCUUUACGGACGGUUUUCAUUGAGAGUAUCUCGGAAAGCAAUCCACACUACCAGGCAGUCCUGAAGCAGAUUUCAGCCAACAUCCACUUCGUCGAAUUAGACGAUCGUUUGGAUCCAGUGAGCACGCUCCAGCAGUCGACAAUUAACGACUAUCCAAACACAGUCCAGGUGGCUCGCGGUGAACAUCGGUUUACCAUUUACUCGACUCCGCAGGGUCGGGCUUUUGUCAAGUUAGAAAUCAGUCAUGCGUUGACCGAUGGCACAGCCAUGAGUAUCAUUCUUCGAGAUUUCUGCGCUGCGUAUGAUCGCCAAUUGCCCCGAUCACCGAAACCGCUGUACAGUUCCUAUAUUGCUUACCUUCAGAGUCAAUCGCUUGACGAGAGUCUCGCAUACUGGACAUCUCGCCUGGCCAAUACGGAAGCCUGCUUCUUCCCAACGCUGAAGGGCAGCGAAGAUGAUGACCUGCGUGUAGUUGAUGUGAAUAUCCCCGUCAGCUUUGCUGAUAUGCGCGAUUAUUGUUCGAAGCUAGGAGUCGCGAUGUCCAAUCUCUUCCAAGUUGCAUGGGCGUUAGUACUCCGAGUAUAUACUGGCUCUGACAAUGUCACCUUUGGAUACCUGACGUCAGGACGAGACGUCGCUGUGCAGGGGGUCGAAGACAUCGUCGGUGUCUUCAUCAACAUGCUAGUCUGCAGCAUGGAACUAGCACCCUCCAGCACGGUGCAGUCUGCGUUAGAGACGGUCCAGAAUGACUUCAUUCAGGGUCUCCCGCACCAGCAUAUUUCGCUGGCUCAGAUUCACCACGCUUUAGAGACACCCGGGUCACUCUUUAAUACGAUCAUGUCAAUCCAGCGACGGGGUCCAGCAAGUUCCAAUUCUUCCCUCGUUCUGGAAGAGAUCACCGGCGCAGACCCUACCGAAGUAAGUGUGGCUCCCUUAAUAGCUAUAGCUUUCACUAACAUCCUACAGUACGAUAUUACAGUCAAUGUAACUAUUCACGAAGACCAGGCAGUUGCGAAUCUCGGCUAUCGGUCUUCGCUGCUCUCCUCCACACAGGCUGCAAAUGUGGCAUCGGCAUUUGCCCAGGCACUGAAAGCUAUUGUGGACCAGACACCAAGUGCAAACGUAGGAGAAAUCUCCCUUUUCAGCGAACAUCAUCGGGAAACUGCGCUUAGCUGGAACACUGUGCUACCCGACGUGUUGAGUGCAUGUGUCCAUGACCUGGUAAUGGACAUGGUCCGUCUGAAACCAGACAGCGUCGCUCUACGGUCAUGGGAUCACAACGAUCUCACUUAUGACGCUCUCAACACUUUGUCCACCCGUUUAGCCCAUCACCUCAUACAGCUCGGUGUACGUCCCGGCACAUUCGUGCCGCUGUGCUUUGAGAAGUCCGCUUGGGCUGUUGUUGCGAUGCUCGCGGUGAUGAAAGCAGGGGGCGCGUAUGUCGCUGUGGCACCACUCCAUGCUGCAGACCGGAAAGCCCAUAUCAUCUCUGCCACGUCCGCAACGCUCAUUCUCACCGGAGAGAAGCAGAGCAACAUGUUCGAUGGUAUGGUUGAGACAGUCUUCCCCGUCACAGCUGAGACCGUCCAGCAGCUUGACCCUGUGUUCACCAUCCCGCGCACAGAGGUUCGCUCCUCACAUCCGGUCAGUCUGGUCUUCACCAGUGGCACGACAGGAACGCCGAAGGGCAUCGUCGUCGAGCAUGGCGCAUUCGUCACCAGCUCCCACGCACACGCCAAGGCCCUUGGUGUGGGCAAGAACUCUGUUGUUGGUCAAUUCUCCAGCUUUGUCUUUGAUGUCAGUAUGUCUGAGAUCUGGAUGACACUGAUGCAUGGUGGAACGGUCUGCAUGCCGUCCGAGGACGAGCGCAUGGGCGAUCUGGCUGGGUUCAUCAACCGGAACAAGGUCAAUUGGAUCUGCUUGACCCCAACUGUUGCAACUCUUCUACAGCCUGAGAGUGUGCCAAUGCUCAAGACAUUGGUCCUCACGGGCGAGCGUGCAGCCGCCCAUAAUUAUCACGUGUGGUCCGAACGGGUGACACUCUUCAAUGCCUAUGGCCCGGCCGAGUGUGGUGUCUGGGCCUCGAUUAACCGGGUUCAAUCACCAGAUACAGAUGCAUCGUCCAUCGGAAAGCCAACCGAUGCAUCCCUGCUCUGGGUCGUGGAUCCCCGUGACGCGUCUCAGCUUGUUCCACUUGGCGCAGUCGGCGAGCUGGUCAUCGAGGGACCCCUGGUGUCUCGGGGAUACUUGAAUGAUGACGAGAGAACCAGUGCGGUCUUCCUGGCAGAUCCUGCAUGGACAAAGGCCCUUGAUCCGCCGUCCUCUUCUAAUGGCACUAAGACGAUCAGAAGAAUGUACCGCACAGGUGACCUGGUUCGCUCCAGUGGUGACGGAUCAAUCACCUUGAUCGGUCGUGUGGGAGGUGACACGCAAGUCAAGCUGCGGGGGCAGCGAAUCGAGCUGGGUGAAAUCGAGCACCAGAUUCGAUCUAGCCUGCCUACUAUUCGGAAUGCAAUCGUCGAACAGGUGUCCGUCCAGGGAGAUUCAAUUGUCAAGACGCUUGUGGCUUUUAUAUCUCUAGCCGACGGUGUUGGAACGACGACCAAAGGCGCCACAGACAAUCCCAUGAAGGUGUCGUCUGAUCUCAAGUCCAGCUUCCUACAGUUGGCAACCUUACUGUCCAAGUCUCUUGCAUCAUACAUGGUCCCAUCAAUGUAUAUUCCAGUAACGCACAUGCCGACAUCAUUGUCUGGCAAGGUGGACCGGAAGCAACUGCGAAAGCUGACUGAUGGAUUCACUCCCGCCCAAGUGGCCCACUACUCCCUCGCGGAGGAGGUGAAACAGGGUCCAACAACGGAGAUGGAGAGAAAGCUGCAAGUCCUCUGGGCCAAGGUUCUCCACAUCCCAGUUUCCUCCAUUGGUGCCAACGAUCACUUCUUCCGCCUCGGAGCCAAUUCCAUCAGCGCUAUGCGUCUCGUCCCAAUGGCGCGCGAAGCGGGCAUUCUGCUGACCAUUACGAACAUCUUCCAAUGCCCACAGCUAGAUGAACUAGCCAAGGUGGCAGUCUUUGCAGGCAAGCAGGUGGUGAAGGACCUCAAGCCUUUCACCCUGAUUAAGGGGACCGAUGCCGUUGAUGACCUGCUGAGCCUGCUAGAAUCCCAGUAUCACAUCCCGAAAGAGACUGUCCAAGACGCGUUCCCUACGAGCCCAUUGCAGGAAGGAUUGUUCUCCUUGUCGGUCAGACACAGCGGCACCUACGUGGCUCAGAAUGUGUUCAAGCUCCCUCCGCAUCUGGACCUGAACCGAUUCCGUCAAGCAUGGCAGAUUGUGGCGGACCGCAACUCCAUCUUGCGGUCACGGAUCGUUCAUACUGGCCGCUGGGGAUCAUUAUUGGUCGUCCUCAAAGAGGAUCUGCUUUGGAAUACGGCCAGCUCGCUGGAGCAAUAUCUGACAGAGGAUCGCGAGGUGCCGAUAGAGCACGGGAAGUCCCUCGCUCGGUACGCGAUUGCCGGAGAAUACUUCGUGUGGACUAUCGCUCACUCCUUGUACGAUGGAUGGAGCAAAUUCCUCCUCAUGGAACAAGUACAGCAGGUCUAUCAAGGAGUAAGCCUCGGUGCUCCUCCACCAUCAUUCAGUAACUUCGUCCAAUAUCUCACGGAGACAACGUCGGACGAGGCCCGGAGUUUCUGGACCUCCCAGUUGUCGGAUAACGCCGUUUCCAGCUUCCUUCCGCUGCCGACGCCCUCCCAUCAGCCGAUCUCAGACGGACAGCUCAAACGCGAGAUGGUUUUCACGCGAUCAUCGCAGACGGAUUUCAAGACUUCGACCAUGAUCCGAGCUACCUGGGCGAUCGUGCUAGCCCGCUAUUGCAACGCGGACUCCGUCGUCUUCGGUGCCACUCUGACAGGACGCAAUGCCGAUGUCCCUGGCAUUGCAGACAUGACUGGCCCAACCAUCACCACGGUGCCCAUUCAAGCAAACAUCCAACCCGGAAACUCUGUGUCGCAAUUUCUAGGAGAGCUGUACGAUCAGGAGAUCUCCAUGAUUCCCUUUGAGCACACUGGCCUGCAAAACAUCAAGCGAUUUGGUCCGGCAUGUGCCAGCGCCUGCGAGUUCCAGAGCUUGCUGAUCGUCCAUGUCAGUGACCGCAGUGAUCCCAACACGCAAGCGGUUGACUCGGAGUUCUGGCAGCUGGCAGACGGCACAGCAACGGAUACGAAAUUCUUGACGUAUCCAUUGGCGCUCGAGUGCUUUAUCAGCGCCGGCAAGGUCACGGUCGAGAUGCAGUAUGACCAGCAGAUGGUGACCAAGGAGCAGGCGCAGCGCAUUAUCUAUCACUUCGAGCAUGUCCUCCAUCAGGUCAAUGCUGCAUCAGAUGGUGGCACGCUGGCUGAGGUGGACGUGUUCACCAAGCAAGACAUGGCUGAGAUCGUGGCGUGGAACCAGCCUGAAGGUCUCCCCAGAGAUUAUCAUCACUGCGUACACAACGCUGUAGAGAGAGUCGUUGCCUCCAACCCGAAGGCCCUCGCUGUCAGCUCCUGGGAUGAGAGCUUCACUUAUGAGGAAUUGGAUAACUUGUCGACUCGACUCGCCCAGCAUCUCCAGAGCAUCGGCGUUGGCCCCGAGGUCCUCGUUCCCGUGUGCUUCUCCAAGUCCGCAUGGGCAGUCGUCGCACAGCUGGGUGUUCUCAAAGCCGGUGGUGCGGUAUACGCCAUUGAUCCCUCAUUUCCGGUGAAUCGCAUUGCAGGCAUCAUUGGCGAUGCGAAAUCGACAGUCCUCCUGGCCGGUACCAACCAUGUUGAGUACCUGACGGGAAUUGUGCCCACGAUCGUCAGUGUCGACGCAUCUCUGUUCACAUCCUUAGCCUCUGUAGAAACGUCUCUCGUAUCCACCGUCCAGCCACACAACACGGCCUUCGUGGUGUUCACCAGCGGCUCAACCGGUACGCCCAAGGGUAUUCUGCUCCCACAUUCAGCGAUCUGCGAGAGUCUGCGGUCCCAUGGGGAGGUAUUCCAAGUAGGGCCUCAUUCACGUGUCAUCCAGUUUGCCGCGUUCACCUUUGACAUUUCCAUCCAUGACAUCUUCACGACGCUGACCCACGGGGGUGUUAUCUGCAUGCCAUCGGAUCACGACCGGAUGAACGACCUAACUGGGACCAUGAACAAGAUGACGGUCAAUCACGCAUGCCUGACUCCAACGGUAUCCAUGCUCUUGACAGAUGUCCCAUCCUUGAAGACAUUGGCCUUGGUCGGCGAGAUCACGACCCCUGAAGCCAUCGACAAGUGGGUGGACCGCACGAAGCUGUUUGCGAUGUAUGGUCCCGCGGAAACCUCCAUCUACUGUGCCUAUCACCAUGUCACAGAGCGAUCGAACAAUCCGACCAACUUUGGUCGUGCCAUCGGAAGCAAUAUGUGGAUUGUGGACCCUAACAACCAUGACAAGCUGGCUCCGAUCGGAUGCGAGGGAGAAGUGGUGAUCCAAGGCCCGUUACUGGCAAAGGGCUACCUGAACAACCCAGAGAAGACCGCCGAUGUUUUCAUCGAAAGUCCUGAGUGGUUGAGCUCCAAGUACUGUCCCCCCUGCUGGAGCACACGGAUCUACAAGUCGGGAGAUCUGGCCAAAUACAACUCUGACGGCACGAUGAGCUUCGUCAUGAGAAAAGAUACGCAGGUCAAGGUUCGUGGGCAGCGCGUGGAACUGGGCGACAUCGAGCAUCACUUCAUGCAGCGAGCCCCAAGCUCGUGGCGAGUAGUGGUGGACUUGAUCACCCCUGCUGGCCAUGAGCGCGAUCCUAUCUUGGCUGCCUUCUUUUGCAUCCAGACCCAAGACUCCCAGAGCAUCUCAGAGACUGGAGUAGUGGCCAUGAGCGAUGAGGUACGAUCCAUUCUGCUGAAGGUGAAGAACGGAAUGCAAGAAGCUCUGCCUUCGUACAUGCAGCCCGGAACAUUCAUCUUAAUAAGCUCCAUUCCGAUGACUCUCUCCACUAAGCUGGAUCGACGGCGACUGCGUCAACUGGGAGCCGAGCUUACACUCGACCAACUCACAUCCUUUUCUCUGCGGGAUACAGCACAGCGGGCGCCGUCGACAGAUAUGGAGAAAUCCCUGCAGAAGCUCUGGUCCGAGGUCUUGAAUGUGCCGACGAGUCGAAUCGGUGCCAGCGACCACUUCUUGCGACUGGGAGGAGACAGUAUCAUUGCCAUUCGACUUGCUGGCGCCGCCAGAGACCGCGGUAUUCAUCUUCCCGUCUCGCAUAUUUUCCGAAACCCCAAACUGUCGGAUAUGAGUCUCGUUGCGACGGAACUCGUCGCGUCAAAGACACCCGAUGUGUCCAGCGUUGCCUCCGUCAGCGAGGAGAUGCAGAACGCGAUCGCGUCUCAGACAUCCAUUUCCCCGGCCAUGAUUGAGAACGUGGUCGAGGCCAGUGACUACCAAUCUUGGGCCAUGGCAGCGGGCCACAUGAAGCAGCGUGGCUAUCUUAAUUACUUUAGCUUCCGGUUCGACGGUCCGAUUGAUGCCGUGCAGUUAGAACAGGCGUGCCAAACCCUUGUUGCCCAUCAUCCAAUCCUGCGAACGGUGUUUGUUGUCCAUCGCCAGCGGACGUAUCAGGUCAUCCUCAAGCGUCUCGCGCUAGAGUUCAAGCAACACGACUGCGAUCCAGAGGAAUACGACAACGCCGAGUUUGAUUCUGGGACAUCCCGAGACCUGGUCGAGCAGGACAUGGCACGCGAUAUGGACCUCGGCAUGCCAAUUUUGCGAUUCAAGCUCUUGAAGUACGGUGAGGAGCAGCAUCGGUUGGUGAUGCGCAUCUCUCACGCUCAGUACGAUGGGAUUGCCAUGCCAACCCUCAUGCGCGAUCUAGAAGCAGCAUAUCUAGACGCUCCUCUCUCUCCUCCAGCGCCAUUCUCCUCCUUCAUCCGUCACACUCACGCCGCUAAUGCUGCUGAGAGUGAAACCUUCUGGCGUGAUCUCCUGCAGGGAUCUCGCAUGACCAACGUGCUGUCCCGUCCCAUGCCCACCUACCGGAAACCAAUCAACAAGUCCGUUUCAAUCACAGUUCGCUCACCCUCCCUCAGUGCCCAUGGGUUUACGUUUGCAACGGUCUUCAAGGCUGCGUGGGCAUUGACUUUGUCCCGGCUGUCCAAGAGCCGAGACGUCACAUUUGGCCAUGUUAUCUCAGGCCGCAACGAUACUUCCAUUCCUCAGGUCCAGAAUAUUGUCGGCCCGUGCGUCAACAUCGUCCCUGUUCGGGUUCAGUUCCCUGAUAGCUCGGACUGGAGCGGCAUGGACCUCUUGAGCCAUAUCCAGAACCAGCACUUGUCUAUGAUUCCGCAUGAGAACUACGGGUUCCGCCGCAUCAUCGAGACCUGCACCUCUUGGCCAAAGUGGGAGCGUUUCAGCUCGGUCAUUCAGCACCAGAACCUCGAUGAUGAGGUCGAGGAACUCUCUUUUGGCGAUGCUGACUGCUCCAUCGAGUGGUUCGCGCCGCCGCAUGACCUUGCUGACCUGUGGAUCUGGUCGUUCCCGGCUGGACGCAAUUACUACCGUCUUGAGCUGACUUAUAGCGAGGAUGCUCUCUCAGAAGAUGUGGCAGAUGCCUUGUUGCGCGCCUUGGGCGACACGGUGGAGAAACUGUCCAAGAGUUUACGUGCGAAGGUUGGUUCAAUCAGUAGCAAUAAAUGCUCCCUGAGUCUUCCACUCGCCAGUGCUACUGAUACGUCCUCCUCACUACCCGAUACUGAGGUGACUGGCGAGGAAUCCAAUGCCAUCGUCGAAGAGGUGUGGACUACCGCAUUCGGCGAGCUCUCAGCUCAGGAUGGAUCUAUUGACACGCCAUACUAUCAGAUCUGGGGUGAUUCGAUGGCCCCAGUGCAAAUCUCAUCCUUGUUCAACCGGCAUGGCGUCAAUCUGACGGUCGACGACAUUGUGGAGCAUCCGACGAUGCGUUUACAAAUGCAGCUUAUCAAGACCAAGGCGUAG